CUGCUCUGUUUCUCUGGUCCUUCACGUUCUUUAUGCUUUUAAUCGGGAUUUCCAUGGUAGACUUGUUCGAGUGGUUCUUUUUUGUGGGUCUUUAGAAAGAGAGAGACUUUUAUAAAGUCCUCGACUUGGGUCUUUCUCAAACGCUUCCUCUGUCGUUGUUUCAUAUAUGGGUUUGUUCCUCUGUCAGUCUUCAACCUCUGCUACGAGUACUUUUUGAUCGGUAGAAUGAACGGUGGAAAUAUGUCUGAGUCCAAAGAUACAGCUAUUAAGCUCUUCGGAGCCAAGAUUCAGGUCCCCGAAACCCAGAUUCCGGUCAUGUCCAAAGUCAAGGGCUUGAACAACGGCAGUGAAAUAAUAACUGUUGAAUCUGCUGACACCAGAGAGCUAGAUAAGUCUUCUGCUUUAGGGUGUGUGAAAGAAGAAAACAAAAGUCUGGUGCAUGGAAACAAAACAUUGCUUAAUGGUAAGCCCGAUGAAGAUCAGGUAGAGACGAAUAGUACAGAUCAAGAGAAGGUUUUUAAGAAGCCAGACAAGAUCUACCCAUGUCCACGCUGUAAUAGUUUAGAAACUAAGUUCUGUUACUUCAAUAAUUAUAAUGUCAAUCAACCAAGGCAUUUCUGCAAGAAUUGCCAGAGAUAUUGGACAGCCGGUGGUACAAUGAGAAAUGUUCCUAUUGGGGCCGGAAGGAGGAAGAAUAAGCACUUGGCUACCCAAUACCGUCAGGUACUAGUGUCUUCUGAAGGAGUACCAAUUGCUAGAAUAGAUGGUGCAGACUCAUCGAAUUGCCAACUUUUGCUACCCAGUGAAACUGCUGCCACCUUCAGGCCUUCAACUGGAAAUGGGAUGGUUCUGAAAUUUGGUCCUGAUGCUCCUCUAUGUGAAUCCAUGGAAACUGUGCUUAGUCUUAGAGACCAGAAGAGAGGUGUGGAGAGGGGUUCUGUUAGUUGUGGAGGAAGUGGGGAGGAGCCAUCCUCAUGUGGAUCUUCCAUGACAUUUUCAAGUAUCAGGGGAAAUGGCAUGCCGGAAAAUGUCAUACGUAAGGAUCAAGUUGGUUUGCCAGAAGCUUGUAAUAAUGUCAGUACGCCAAAUCUUCUACAAUGUUACCAUGCACCUCCAUUGGUUUUCCCUUGGAGUCCAGAUCUAAACAAUGUGGCUCCCAUGGCAGCACCACGAUCCGCUGAACGUGCUGACUUACCAAUAAGUAGCAAUCGGAAUCCAGUUCAGUGGUGCCCCACACCGAUGCUGGCAGUUCCUGGCUUUUGUCCACCAGGCAUUCCAUUACAAUUCAUACCUGCUUCAUAUUGGGGUUGCACGCCUAUGUGGCCUGCUGGAACAGGAAAUGUGUCAUUGGCUAGCUCCAAUGGUUGCCUUUCUCCGUUGUCCUCUACUAGCACCAGUUGCUGUUCAGGCAAUGGCUCACCAGCUUUGGGCAAGCAUUCCAGAGAUGCAAUUAUUUUCAACGAAGAUAAAGCAGAUAAAUGUGUUUUGGUUCCGAAAACACUGAGAAUUGAUGACCCAGAUGAAGCUUCAAGGAGUCCAAUAUGGGCUACAUUGGGCAUUAAGCCAAACCAAAAGGAUUCCUCAUCAAAAGCUGCUAUCCCAAAAACAUCUGAAAAUGGAUCAGGAGAGGAACAUGCAUCGGAAGCUACUCAUAUAUUGGAAGCAAACCCAGCUGCUCUUUCUCGCUCUCACACGUUCCAAGAAAGCACCUAAGGGUUCUCUGCCAAUAGUUUUGUUCAAAGUUUCAGGUGUACGAUAGAAAACACUCAUUUCCCAUGGAGACAAGGGGCUAAAAAUGCUGUUGCUGUGCCUUUGUGAAUUCCCUUUGCUAAUUGUUUGCCAUCCCUACUCCAAAUUAUGAGUUGUGUGGAAAAAUCUUCAGGAACCAGAAGCUGCCUUGCUUAUCAUAAGUAUCCUCAACUCUUUCUCGACAGUCAAAUGUUGUAAAUAGUAUAGAUUAGUGAUUUGAUUGCUGUUUAUGCUCUGCGGCCUAAUUUAGGUUUCAGUUCAUAGUUUUAUAUGCAACUAUAUUUGAUUUGAUUUAGAAAAAUGAGAGAAAAAAGCUUUUCACUGUUGUAUACA